CUUCCGCGCGCUCCGCGCCCGCACCGCGCCAGCGCGCGCCGCCGCCGCCUGCUCCUUGGCCCCCCGCCGCGACCAUGGCCCCGCACUCGGCGCCCGCGGGGGCCUCGCCCCGACUCUUCACGUGGGACGAAGUGUCGCAGCGCUCCGGGCGCGAGGAGCGCUGGCUCGUGAUAGACCGUAAGGUCUACGACAUCAGCGAGUUUAGCCGGAGGCACCCGGGGGGCUCGCGGGUCAUAGGCCACUACGCGGGCCAGGAUGCCACGGAUCCCUUCACAGCGUUCCACAUCAACAAAGCCUUGGUUCAGAAGUACAUGAAUUCCCUGCUGAUUGGGGAGCUGGCCCCGGACCAGCCCAGCUUCGAGCCCAACAAGAACAAGCAGCUGACGGACGAGUUCCGAGAGCUGAGGGCCACUGUGGAGCGCAUGGGGCUCAUGAAGGCCAGCCCCACCUUCUUUGCGCUCUACCUGCUGCACAUCCUGCUCCUGGACGUGGCCGCGUGGCUCACGCUCUGGAUCUUCGGGACCUCGCUGCUCCCCUUUCUGGUCAGCGCCAUACUACUCAGCACCGUGCAGGCCCAGGCGGGGUGGCUCCAGCAUGAUUUCGGACACCUCUCAGUCUGCCGCACGUCCAAGUGGAAUCACCUACUCCACCAUUUCGUGAUCGGCCACCUGAAGGGCGCCCCUGCCAGCUGGUGGAACCACCUGCACUUCCAGCAUCAUGCCAAACCCAACUGUUUCCGGAAGGACCCAGACAUCAACAUGCACCCCUUCUUCUUUGCCUUGGGGAAGGUCUUGUCAGUGGAGCUGGGGAAGCAAAAGAAGAAAUACAUGCCCUACAACCACCAGCACAAGUACUUCUUCCUGAUUGGGCCCCCGGCCUUGCUGCCCGCCUACUUCCAGUGGUACAUCUUCUUCUUCGUGAUCCAGCGCAAGAAGUGGGUGGACUUGGCCUGGAUGCUCAGCUUCUACCUGCGGAUCUCCUUCACCUACAUUCCCCUGCUGGGCCUGAAAGGCUUCCUGGGUCUCUUCUUCAUUGUCAGGUUCCUGGAGAGCAACUGGUUUGUGUGGGUGACGCAGAUGAACCACAUCCCCAUGCACAUAGAUCACGACCACAAUGUGGACUGGGUGUCCACUCAGCUGCAGGCCACGUGUAACGUGCAUGAGUCUUUCUUCAAUGACUGGUUCAGUGGCCACCUCAACUUCCAGAUUGAGCAUCAUCUUUUCCCCACUAUGCCUCGGCACAACUACCGCAAAGUGGCCCCCUUGGUGAGGUCCCUGUGCGCUAAACAUGGCAUCAAAUACCAGUCUAAGCCCCUGCUCUCCGCCUUUGCCGACAUCGUCCACUCACUGAAGGAGUCCGGGCAGCUCUGGCUGGAUGCCUAUCUUCAAAAAUAGAGCUGCGUCCCAUACGGGAAGAGAUCUUGGUGCCAGAAGCAGGGGAAGAAGGGACUACGCCACUUCAGUUUUAGUUUCCAUGGGAGCUGGGAAGAUGGGGGAGGGAACAGCUGAGCCCCCCACUCUCGCUCUGCCGAGGUCAUGGAUUGGGGGCCAGAAGGGGAGUCAUGGCACGACAGCGGGGAGAAGUCAUUGGGGGGCAGCCCUUGCCGGCCCCUUCUUCCUGGCCUGGCAGGGAAUGAGCCGAGGACCAGGAAACAGGAGCUUCUGGGACUCAGAAAGUCAAGAGAGAUUUGGCCACAAAACUUAACCACUUGGGGCUCCGCACCUGGCUCGCCCCAAAUUGGAGGGGGAAGGCCGGGCCCAGCCCAUCCUUUGCAGUAAUGGGUCUGGCAGUUGCUUUCCUGGCCCUCUCCUCCCCCCUUUCCUCAUCCUACUAAGGUUGGCCCAGAGAGUGGCAGUGGGCGCCGGGGGAGGUGGAGAUGUCCAAGACCAACUGGGGAAUGCAUCCUUCAGAUCCAGAAUUCUCUGCUCACCCCCUCUUGCUUGAGGGCAUGCUCUAAGGCCACUGGGCCCCUCCAUGUUGUUCUAGGGACAGAAGGGGCCAUAUCUGCAGGGAGGGUUUAAGUCUCAGGCCGUCGGGGCGCUCAGCGGGAAGGCCAGGGCCAGUCUGCCCAAUGUUAGGGCUGGAAACCCUCCCGCUGCCCGCAUCCCUUUUCCCAUCUCCAGGAGUUCCAGCUCUCUGUAUUAGGGACCCAGGCCUUUCCUUCCCUUCUGUCAACCAACGGGGCUCCCAAAGUUCCUCCCCAAGCUGAGUGGCAGAACGCUGCCAGCCAGCACCAGUGGUGGGAGGAGCCUGUGGAGACUGUAAGCUUGUGGCCACAGGAUUAAUGCCCUUUUCUGAGGCUGAUGGAGCCCCAUGUGCUCAUCCUUUCCGAGUGGUGCCUUAUGCCUUAUACUGCCUCCAGACUCGGACACGGCCUGCCCCCAGCUUCCUCUGGGGCAUAACAAUGUGCUGGCCGUGAUCCCCACCCCUUCUCUUGAUCACCCAGCAGCUUAUAGAGGAGGACAGAACUGGUUCCCUUCACGGGGAGAAGUGUUAAGUGGGCUGCAGGACCCCAGGGCGAGGAGCCAGGGCAAAGCCUCGAUAAUCAGGCAGAGGUGAAGUGGGUAUACAUUAAGUGCCUAAUGAGUGCUUGUUGAUUGGUUGGACCCCAAAAGAGUAAAUUCAUGAGGUCACAUGUAUAUGUAUUUUUUAAUUGGCUGUCCUUGAACUGGGCCUGCCAGAGAGCUCCCUGGCUGGUCCUCUCCUGUUCCAGUCCACAACCCACUCUCUCCAGUUUUCCAACUCAUUCCAGGACCCCCAGGGCCGAGUACUCCUUUCCCACCAUCCUCUGCCCCCAGGUUUUGGUGCUACCAUUCAUUCUAAAUGGAGAAAGGGGACGUGACUCUUAGGGAGUUUCGGCCAGCCUGAGGCCCCCUAAAUCUGCAAGGCAUCUUGUGGUGGCCCUCCCUCUUCCCCAUAACAAAGGAUCCCUUUGCUGUUCAGUCUCCCCAUCUUCCCAAAUCCCACCGGGUAGCAGGCAGAGGCUCCUGCUGGGCCUGGCUCCAGGCCUGCUCUGUGGCUGUAAAAAAACCAAGACUAAAGUAAUGCCAAGGAAUAAAACGAAUGUCUUUUUGGUCAGA